CUGAAGACUUUUUGGGCGCGUUGUUCGCUUGUGAGCAGCACGUACUUGUUUCAACAAGUCAGCGAUGGACUCUCCGAUGUCCGAGCGGACGCCUCCGUCGAAGAAAGUGAGAUUUGCCUCUACACGAAGUACUCCAGGAACACCGAGAACCGGGCCGGGCGUUCCAGAGUCCGUGUAUCGAGAGCUGUUGGCGAGGCCGCCAAACAACCCUGACGGGCCGAUGCGCGACGUCUGCGCCUUCAUCGAAGUGCGCGUGGGCACCGAAGAUGUUUCGUCAACAUUCGAAAGCGUGAUGACGCGGCUGGGUGCCACGGUGCGCCGCCAUCUUGGCCCCACCGUGACUCACGUCGUAUUCCGCGAGGGCCGCGUCUCCACACGCAAGCGGGCACUACAGCUGGCCAUCCCCAUGGUGGGGCCGCUCUGGGUGGAAGAAUGCCUUGCCAACAACAGGUUAGCAUCCCCAGAGAGGUUCCCGCCUUAUGUGUCUGCUGCCUAUGACUGUCCCAUUCUCAGCCGCAAGAUUAGGAAGCCUCGAUCUUGGCGAACCAAGCCUGACUCUCCAUCGCCAGUUAGGCAGAGGAAAAGGCCCCGGUUGCUGGACCUGAGGUCUGAAGUGCUGCUCACCGAAGAGGUGCUAUCGCCAAAUGAACAACGUUUACAGGACAUUGUCACAAGAGUGGAUAAGCACGUUUUGGACCUCCCACGGAAGUGCUUGUUGUCAGGAGCGUCUUCCAGCUUUCCACUGGCUAAUCCUGGUGGCCUGAUGGACACACAGGAGCCGCCCACCUCACUGACGGAGUUGGCUCAAGUGGAGCAGCAGAGCCUGCUGCCAGAGCUCCCUUCGAAAACAGACUGUCGUAUCAGCCGGCGCAGUUUGGAGGACUUCAGCACAAAUGUGUGCCGAGCAAGGGCUCGUGCCCUGAGCAGGGCCUCUUGGUUGGAAGGCCCGAGCAUUGUCCUGACAGGACUUGAACAAGUUGACCGCGAUGCUAUCGGUGCCAUAGUCAAGGCGGUGGGUGGAUUCACCAUCGAAGCAGAGGUUACUGAUCGCACAACACAUGUGAUAUGUGGCAGCGUAGCUGGAAAGCCACGACGGACUCUGCAUGUGCUGUUUGCCUUAGCAAGAGGCAACUGCUGGCUUCUGCCUGUUCGUUGGGCUUACCAGUCCCUAGAGUGUGGUCGCUGGCUGGAAGAAGGUGCCUUUGCCUUUAGCCGUCCCAGGUUGGCCACUGGGAAGAAAAGAAAAUUGUUGGGGUGUGAGGUGGCAGAUGCUCCACUGCUGGACGGUCAAGGUCCUUUCUACAUUGGGCCAGCCACAGCACCCCCACCUGACCGCGUCCGUGACCUGUUACUGCUUCUAGGCGCAGAGGUGUCUUCGUCAUACCUUCGCUGCCAGGUAGCGCUGGGCGACCCGCAACGCAGUCAGUGGCUCUCCCAAGUCACACACAUCUCCGAGCGAUGGCUCUUCGAUUGCAUCUCUGAACAUCGGGUUCUGCCCUACAACAGCUACCUGCUGCAGAAGCCAGCCGGCAGCAGCCAUUGAUCAUCAUCAUCAUCUCCUUACAGUCGCUUACAUUCAAGCUUAAUUUCAUAGUAAAUUCCCUCUUAAUCAUUUUAAUGGAGGACAACAGCACACGGCAUCUGUACAUAAUCAUAAUGUUCAUUAGUUCUAAUGCUCCAUGUUUUUCUUGAUUUUUAGCUUUAUGCAAUGACACGUUUAAACCACCUUUUAUGGAUUUUUACAGCCUUUUACGAGAGUACUUUGUUUCAUGUGCAGAGA